UGACUGGGGAUUUCGUUGGGAUUUUGGGCCGGGAAAUGUAUAGUUGCGUUGGAGGCUAUCAUCUUCCCAAUUUUGUCGCCUACGCUGGAUUCUCUUAUGUGAUGUUUUACAUGGACUUGAUGAAAAGACUGGGUAUAGAUGCUCGCACUCUAUGGAAGUAUAUGAAUAAAACGAAUGUCACUCCAUUCAAGCGGGUUCCCUUACUCCCGGCCCGAUCCCCCGAUAUGCCCCCGCGCAUCCUGGAGCGAUGGGGGAGGCUGGUGUGGGACAUGGAGAACAUAUAUGGAAAGGAGAGAGACGAAGAGGGCAAUGUAAUCCUCCCCAAAGCCACCCAAAGGUCUAAUCUAAAGAAGGGGAAGAUGGAGUCAGCCGGGGGCGGCUACCAAGGCAUCAAACGGGUCAAUUUCUGUGUAAAAGAAGGCCACGCCUGGGAUCAACAGCCACCUGUACCGCGGCCGACAAUUGAAGAGCUGCGCGCUCAGUGGAUCGAGGAAAACGAGGCGCAAUGGGAGAAAGACGAGAUAGAAAGAUUGUUGGAGAUGGAGAAGGAGGAGAAUGAUAGAAAGAGUGCCGAAAUUUAGAUUUAAACCCGUAUGGAAU